CUCACACACACACACACACACACUUACAUUCACAGGAGAUGCUCCGAUCAGUCCGAACGAUGGCACCAGAUGAAGCGAUCAAAACCUCAACUCUUCACCCUCAAGACCCCGGUGGUGACGACAGACGCUCACACAUCCCUGGAGAAGCUUCGUGUCCAACCAUGUCCACGGGUCACAUCGACUUUUUUCCGUCUGCUCUUCCUCCUCCGGCGCAUGAUAUCCGUCUCUGUGCCCGGCCUACGGAGAGACAGAACAAGGCGGAGAAUUACGAGAACUUUCUUCCGAGGCGUCCCCUCAAAUUAGCUCCAAUAGAGCUCCCCGUGGAGGUACAGGAAGCUCAGAGGGAGAAGAUACGCUCCAUCUGGAAGGAGGACGAAAAACCGGAGCUGGGCAGUCAUGGCAAAACGCUUCUCCUACCUGUUAAUCAAAUGACGGUAGGUCAAAGAUCUGGUAAGAAAGGACAAGUUCAAACUCCCAUCCAAUCAGGGCAUAUCGAUAUCGGCCAAUCAGAUAGACGGAAAGCCAGACGCUUCAAAAUACACAGGGCUCAGCAGCUCGAUGAGGAUCAGAGCAAAUCCAGAUUUUCCUCAGAGGAUUAAAGGAUGAUGAGGGCAAACCUGGAGCAUCGGGAGCGACGCCACGGCAACGGGGGAAGCAGAAAUUUCAGGAAAAGUCAUCAGGCGUGAAUCCGGUGGGAAAAGUGUCUGAGGCGGUGAGGGGAAAAGAGAGCAGGAGGAUGGCUGUUAAUGGCAUACAGGAAGCUGCACUCUGACUUUAACUCUCAGAGGAUGUUAGAACAGAAUUUCUUUUCUCUUUUUCUUCGUCUCGAGAUCUCUCUCUUUCUCUCUCUCUUUCUCGAACCCUUUUACUUACUUUUAAUAUCUUGCAAUUAUUCUUUCAUCUUUCUCUUUGUUUUCCUCAACCAGUUUCUAAUAAAGUAUUACAUAAAAAUUCUAUAAUAUAAAUUACACUACAUACCAAAAGUUUGUGGACACCUGAUUGCUAUGGGCUUCGUUAUGAACCUCCCAUUCCACACUUGCUGGUUUAAGAAGCUUCACUCUUCUGGGAAGAUGUUACACUAGACUUUGUGGAAAUUCAUUCAUCCACAAGUGUGUUAGUAAAGUCACGUAC